AGAGUACUAACUAAUUCCAGAAAAAAGGCUUCAUCUAGCUUCCUGUACAUGAUUUCGAGUUUGAGUCUCUUAUCAGUUUUCUGCAGUGAACCAUGACCAUGACUAACAGCAACCUUUGAAGUCUCCAAAAGGAUGACGGGACCCUACAAUGAUGAUUUGAUCAGGAUGAUGAUAACGCCACUAAGCUUUGGACUACAAACUGUUCAGGACAAUUUUGAGAUGGCUAGCUGAGAUGAUCCAGCCUCACAGACUGCUAUAGCCAGGACUUGAGACGAGCCCUGAACUUUCCCAUUACGCAGAGACCGGACAACAAAUGACAUAGCUACCUCUCCUGUGAUUUGACGAUUAACCCAAAAUUUUUCUUUUCAGGAUCCCCUAAAGAUGCCUUCGCCCCAAGACAGCAGGAAGGAAAUUUAAGAACAUGAUGCCCACAUUCCCAAGAGGUGUGGUGCGCUGGCAAAGAGACUUUCCAGAGGCAGUGACCUGUAAGCACACUGUUGAGACUGCUACAGCUCUGAGUUUCAACUAGACACUGUCCCUCCAGAGAUGCUGCUCUGCUUGUGACCCUUUCCACAGGUGCCGAGUUCUGAGAUGGAUCCUCUCUAUAUAGACGCCAACUUCCGCGAGUGGAUCCCCUCUCCAUAGGAGCCAACUUCUCAACAUGGAGUUGAUGGAGGAUUUCUCCCGUCCACCACUGGUGCCAGUGAAGGGCAUCCCACUCAUCAAAUAUUUUGCAGAGGCUAUUGGGCCAUUGCAGAACUUGACAGUCUGGCCUGAUGACUUGCUUAUCAGCACAUACCCAAAGUCUGGUACUACCUGGAUAAGUGAGAUCCUGGACAUGAUCUACCAGGAUGGCAAGCUAGAAAAGUGUCGCCGGGCCCCCAUCUAUGCCCGGGUGCCCUUCCUUGAGUUCAGAUGCCCAGGAGUUCCCUCAGGUCUUGAAUCUUUGGAAGAGACACCAGCCCCCAGGCUCCUUAAGACGCAUCUGCCCCUGUCCUUGCUUCCUCAGAGUCUGCUGGAUCAGAAAAUCAAGGUGAUCUACAUCGCUCGAAAUCCAAAGGAUGUGGCUGUCUCCUACUAUAAUUUCUACAACAUGGCCAAGGUGCACCCUGAUCCAGGCACCUGGGAGAGCUUCCUGGAGAACUUCAUGGAUGGGAAAGUGUCCUAUGGGUCGUGGUUCCAGCAUGUGAAGGAGUGGUGGGGGCUGACACACACUCACCCUGUUCUCUAUCUCUUCUAUGAAGACAUGAAGGAGAACCCCAAACGGGAGAUCAAGAAGGUCCUAGAGUUUUUGGGGCGCUCUCUGCCUGAGGAGACUGUGGAUCUCAUUGUUCAUCACACAUCCUUCAAGAAAAUGAAGGAGAACCCCAUGGCCAACUAUACCACCAUCCCCUCUGAAAUCAUGGACCAUGGUGUUUCUCCCUUCAUGAGGAAAGGUACCACUGGGGACUGGAAAAACACCUUCACUGUAGCCCAGAAUGAGCGCUUUGAUGCCCAUUACGCUAAGAUGAUGAAAGGCUGCAACCUCAAGUUCCAUUGCAUCUGAAAUCUGAGCUAGGAGAAUGAACAGGACUGAGGACGUGUAUGAACAAAGAUGGUUUUAUCAACGUGUGUCAGGAAAGCAAUGGAUCCGAGCACUGAAGAGGAACCCAAACACGCAAGAACAGAAGACAAACUGUGUUUUACCUGAAAGAAUAAAGGCCCUGGAGCUGA